GACGAUUCUGAGAGCGACGAUAACGCGAAGCGUAGCCUUGAGAAUUCUGCGUCGCCUGAGCCUUUCACAAGAGAAAAGCCGGAUGCAAUUCAGGAGAUACUGUCCAAAGAGGAUAUAAUUUUCAAGCAGGAGAUGAUGUCCAGGGCGUUAAAGGAAGGGCUAGAUCCUACGGAGCCUGACAUGGCGCCGCCAAAGUGGAAGCCAUUGAGCCAACCCCCGGUGAACAAUCAGCUGAAUAAAAAUUCCGGACAUAUCGAUACUGAUCAGCUUCCGGUACCAAAUGGAAACUCUGACUCUAGUACCUUUAAAGAUUUUGUCGGCAAAUUUUCGCUCGAUCACACCGCUUCUGCCUCUGCAGAUGCCGAUCAAGACAGUCAGUUGAACAAGAAUACUCGACCUAUCGGUGCUGAUGAGGUUCAUGUACCAGAUGAAAUUCUUGGUCCUGGUACUUUUAAAGACUUUAUCAGCCAAUUUUCCCUCGAUUACACCGCUUCUGGCUCUGCAGAUACCGGCCAAGAACGACAUGGUGACUUGGCUCGGACCAUCGAAGCGGCAACUGACUCAGGAUAUGGCUCCCAGCUAGCAAUAGGGAGCCAGAAAAGUUUCAUCGAGCAUCAUGCUGUAGAUGCGCAAUACGAGACUGAUACGGGCUUCGACGACAGCGCAACAGAAUAUUCAGAUACCUCGAGUGUUGCGACUUGGAAAAAAGAAAGCUACAUCGAGGAAUUCGUCGAUGACCUGGUAGCUAGAGUCCGUGAGCUGCAGCCAGAUGAAGAGACAUUGAGCAGAAUCUCGGCGCUUCUCCCGGACUUAUUGAAAGCUUUCGCUCUACGAGUAGGAUACAAUGCGCCAUCUCGCAUGCAUCGUGAUGUUAUGUAUUUCAUCCAUAAAUAUAGAGGGAUAAGGAUGAUCUCAAGCAACUUCAAAGAGAAAAGUCUCCACCAAGGAGAGGACAGAUCUGACGCAAAAUUGUUGCCCGGCGAAAGCGAUCGAAUUCCACUACAAGAUUUGAUGAAGUCCUGGUUUUCUUCCCUGAGCAAUGUUGAGAUCAGGCCCGAAAACGAGUCUUGGGAUCCCAUUCCGAGAUCUGACGACUCAGACGCAGAGUCUCAGGCAUCCGCCCAUACUGACACGUGCCAAGACGUGACUGAAGGAGACAAUGACGCUUGGCUUCGCAGCUACCGUGACUUUAUCCGGAGCUCUGAAGUUUUCCAGUGGCUCCUUGGCCGCCUAUAUGUGGAGUCCAGCUUGGUUGCGGCAGAACCAAGAGCCAUGGAGACCAUUAGAACAAAGAUCAUAUCAUCACUCCGUCCAUCACGGCGGAUUAGCAGGAAUGAAUCAUCUGAGUGCUUCAAUGCUUCAUUUUGUGUUGACUGGGACUUGCUUGGGUUCUUUCAAAGCCAAGAAUAUGGGCUGAAUGCGUCCGAGGUCACUUCAAGAAUCGUCGCACUCACGGGAUCGGAAAACGAUGCCCAAGCCUUGACGUGCUCACAGUACCUGAGCCAGACGUGGCCUACCACAGGUUGCUUGACCUUGAAAGUGAUAAAAGACAUUUUACUCGGUGGUCCAAACCAUUUGCAGAAAUGCACCUACCCGGAUGGGACGACAUUGGAUGCAAGACUGCAUGAUUCAACAUUUACCGCUCAAGUUACUGGAGUAGCAGACUCUAUAGCGGAAAUUGGGGAACAAAUCGCCUGGAUAUCGACUUCUCUCCGUAGAUCGUACCUCUCCAGCGGGCUUCUUUCCUGCACGCCGAUUAUUUCUCGAGUCUAUCCAGCUUUCCGGGUCCCGCAGUCAAAACCUCGCCCCAAUGUUACUUUCGACAUCAACAUCCUUUCAGAGGAGGUCUCAAGACCAAUAAAACCCGAGAAUGGUCAAUGCUGGCAUAACAUGUUCCUUAACCCCGUGGUUGUCAAAGGUUAUCCCAUUCGACGAAAGCUCGAGAAGAAUAGCGGCGUGGAGAUGACGCUUGACAUCAUGGCUGGUUUGGCACGCACAAAUAUGGUGGAUGAGUUCAAAGGCAUCACAUUCAUCAAGGGAUUCUCCACGCUGCUCGUCCCAACCCAAAAGGUCAAAGAGACCAUUCUAUGGCAUCUUGUUUACAAGGAGGAUGGUAGUCGAAUAUCAUUCAACGACCAUAAAUUGCCUCAUAUCGAACGCGUUAGUAGCUUGGAACUUACGAAUUCCCGGCAUGUUGUCGGUUGGUGCUCCGAAGCACGGUUCUUUCCAGGAUCUGCUCAAUGCAACUAUACCGUUGGCGCCUCGGGGCUUCCUAAACCUCAUCAAGGCUGUGCUUUGGCAAAUCUCUUUGUAUCUCCAGGAAGAUGCAUAGUGAGCAAUGCAUUAUACAGCCUGGGGAAAAAAGACACCCCCGUUCAUGUGGCACGCAAUGGCUACAUACCAAAACUCCAGUGGCUUUCCACUAAACUCGUCCUCUUAUGGGACGAGCAGGAUAAGCGUGGAUGGCUUAUCAAUGGCACCAGUGCGCUAUUAUACCUCGUCAGGAGCUCUUUGGAACAUAACAGUCGCGACAAGUUCAGGUCUGCUUUCAUGUUCAAAAAAGAGGAUCUCAAAGAAUCACCAAGUCCCUACACCGCAGACUCGGCAAACGACGUCUUGAUUAAUGAGGAAAAUUGCGCGCUCAAGUUGUAUAAAGAAAACAAUCAUUUUCUGCUCCUUCAAGGUCGCAUAGAGCAUUAUUACAACAUCUUGGAGAAACUCAUAGAUCAUCAAUCUGACAUAAGUCAGGAUGGUGACGUCAAUAUAGAAAAUCAAGCACGAGGGGUUCUUGAGGGCUGGGACUUCAAAGACCUCGCCACAAACCGAGAUCCGCUGUAUCCACGGAUAUCUCACCUUGAAGCCACCGGUAAGGCGUGGGUAGACUUCGCCCGUGCUGCGCAGGUGAUAACACUUUUUGGAAAAGGGUUCGGAGAGCUCAUUCAGCCGGCAGGCAGCGGCAUAUGUCAGUACUGGUCAGAGUUGCCGAAGCAAAACUACUACAUUGCCGCAUGUCUUUCAGAUCUCGAUCUAUGGGUCGAGAAUAACGACAAUUAUAAUGACGACCAGGUGAGGCUGACGGAAAAUAUAAUCUGGCAUACGCCGUCGCCCUACCUCUUCGGUUCAUGUCGAUGUGUAGGAUCACUCGGUCCAGAUCACUGCGAACCAGUGCAGACUCUGGUGCCGGUAUCAUUGUCGCAUAUACUGCUCCCCAGAAGGGUCCAAAUUCCUUCUCAAGGUCGUGGGGCAGUGAUUUUCGGACAGCACUCUACAUUCAGUUGGGUUUGGGGCGACUACGGUAACCCCGAGCAGGGGAAGCUGUCAUCUGAUAUUUCAUCGAAAAGGUCAGAGGCAGGCUCAUCUUUCGCGGACAGUGGGAUCAGCCUAGAGCGCAGCAAGUCGACGCUUUCCCGCGAAAGCAGUACCCCGGAACUAAAGAGGCGCCUGGCUGAGCUGGAUUACGAUAACGGGAGUGUCCUGGCCAAUUCCUUUACCUCAAUAAUGGGCGGAUCUCAUGAACACAGCCUACGAGAUCCAAUGAAUUACACUGUCGGGAUACUUUGCGCACUUCCAAAGGAAUCUCUGGCCGUUAGGGCGCUGUUUGAUAAGUGCAAUGGCAAGCCUGAACUUUCCUUUGGAGACAGCAACCAUUAUUCUCUAGGGCAAAUUGGGAAACACAUGGUGGUCGUAGCCUGCCUCCCCGAAGGCGAAUAUGGAACCAACCCAGCGGCAGAGUCAGCUUCAAACAUGAAGAGGAGUUUUCCAGCCAUCCAAUUCUGUCUCUUGAUCGGCAUUGGUGGUGGUGCACCGUCUGAGCAGAAUGAUAUUCGACUAGGCGACGUGGUCGUGAGCAAACCGACCAAGACGUUUCCAGGUGUGAUUCAAUACGAUCGCGGCAAGGCAAAUGAGAAUAGCGACUUCCAGUUGACUGGUGCUCUGCAGCGGCCGCCUCGGUUUCUCAUGACAGCGGUCAGUUCCCUUUCAUCAGACCCAAACCUACCUUCUGAUCCUCUUGAACCAUACCUUCAAGAGAUCAUACAGCGAGUUCCUGAUUCAAAGAAAUCACGAUAUCAACAUCCUGGCGAGAAAUACGACGAGUUAUUCCAUGAAGUUUGCUCCAAAUGCCAGGUCCGAGAGCGUUGUUUCAAUCGAGAGAGGCACCUUAGGCGUAGAGCACCCCGACCCAGCAACAGUCCGGAGAUACACUAUGGCCUCAUUGCCUCUGGUAAUCUAGUGAUCAAAGACGCCCAGGUUCGAGACCAAUGGGUAAAAAAAUAUGGUGUGAUGUGUUUCGAGAUGGAAGCCGCAGGCGUCAUGAAUACAUUUCCAUGUCUUGUUAUUCGGGGGAUCUGUGACUAUUCAGACUCGUACAAGAAUGAGAAAUGGCAAGAGUAUGCUGCAGCGACGGCAGCGGCCUAUGGCAAACUUCUCUUGAACGAAGUUUCCCCAUUCAGUCUCAGCUACAGUCCAAGCUCAGAACUGAAACACAGGACGUUUGAAUACCUAUAUUCUGAAGAAAACAUGGCAAAACGACGGAGAUUA